UAGUAUUUUGACGCUUUGAUCAGCUGUUGAAUUCGUAUUAUUUUAAAACAAUUCUUAAGAAUAUAAAAUUGACAAAGUUCUAAAAAAUUAUGAAAAUUACGCAAAAAGUUGAUUUUGAUGAGGAUGUAUCUUCUAUUUGUGAAUCUACGGCUGCACUUACAGAAGGAUGCCGUUUACCAGUGCGAAUGCAUAAAACAGAUGAUUGGCCACUAGCUGAGGUCGUCAGUAUUAAAGACCAUGAAGGAAAAAGGCAAUUUUAUGUCCACUAUGUCGACUUUAAUAAACGCUUGGAUGAAUGGGUUGAUGAAGAAGAUUUGGAUACAAGAAAAGUUCAAUUUCCACGGCGGGAUGGAACACAAACUGGUGCAAGCACAGGCGUAACAACUCCAAAAAAGCAUCACUCAUUAGCUGGAAGUGUUUCUCGUCCAACUUCACCACAACCAACUAACGCAGAAAUGGUAAACGGAAAUGCGGUCUUAGCUGCAGCACUUCAAAAGAAAAUUAACAGAAAAAGAAAAUUAAAUUCUGUAAUAGCACCGCCAGUACUUCUGCCGGAAACACCAGCAUUGAAUAAUACAUCCAGUAUUGAAGAAGCAUCAUUAGAUGGCAAAAGUGCUACACCACGCCAGUCAGGUAGCAUGGUGAUUCAUCAAGAUGAUGUUGUCACUCGCAUGAAAAACGUAGAAAUGAUUGAAUUAGGAAGGCACAGAAUAAAACCGUGGUAUUUUUCACCAUAUCCACAGGAACUUUGUCAAAUGUCAUGUAUAUAUAUUUGUGAAUUUUGUCUUAAAUACCGAAAAAGUCGAAAGUGUUUAGAACGUCAUUUAAUCAAGUGUAAUCUACGCCAUCCACCUGGAAAUGAAAUUUACAGAAAGAACACAAUUUGCUUCUUUGAAAUUGACGGCCGUAAAAACAAAGUUUAUGCUCAGAAUUUGUGCUUACUAGCCAAAUUAUUUUUGGAUCAUAAAACACUUUACUACGAUACGGACCCAUUUCUGUUCUACGUUAUGACUGAAUUCGAUUCCAGAGGCUUUCACAUAGUAGGGUAUUUUUCAAAAGAGAAGGAAAGUACAGAAGAUUAUAAUGUUGCUUGUAUUUUAACAAUGCCACCAUAUCAACGGAAAGGAUAUGGCAAACUUUUAAUUGAAUUUAGUUACGAAUUAUCAAAAUUUGAGGGAAAAACAGGUUCACCUGAAAAACCAUUAUCUGAUUUGGGUUUAUUAUCAUAUCGAUCAUAUUGGGCACAAACAAUUUUAGAAAUAUUCAUAAGUCAAAAACCUACUUGUGACAACGAGAAACCUACGAUAACAAUAAAUGAUAUUUGCGAAUGCACUUCAAUAAAAAAGGAAGACGUCAUCUCUACCUUACAAAACUUAAAUCUAAUAAAUUACUACAAAGGCCAAUAUAUUGUUUGCAUUGGCCGGGAUAUAAUAGACCAGCAUAAAAAAGCUAUGGAAAAUCGAAAAAUACGCAUUGACUCAAAAUGCUUGCAUUGGACGCCAAAAGACUGGUCUAAACGCUCAAAGUGGUAAUUCAACUGUGUACGUUUUAGAAAACGAUUUGAUAAUGACCGUUGAAAUAUGUAAUACUAACAAUUACGUAAAAAAUAAACAAAUUAGCAUUUUUAAGAA